AUGAUCCCAGCUGUCGUCGACGUCGCCUUCGUCACCCUCUGGGAUGACGGACAACAUGCUCGCUUCAGUUGCGACCUCUUCCGGCUGUCGACCUGUUGUAGCCAAGAGGGACUCUGGGUACUCGGCCAUGGCCAGCUCCAACAGAUUCGGCUAUCCUUCGAUGAUAAGAUAACCAUCUAUGGCUGCCUUGGGAGCCCUAAGGUGGACUGGACAAGACGAUUGGCGUCCAUGAAACAACUUGAAGCUGCCGCCGGCGACCUAUCGAGGGACGCAGUCGUCCCUGCCAAAGCGGUGCUGAAGAUCACUAGCAUGACGGACGCGUUCCGCGUCGAGUUGGCCGACCACAGGCCCGCAGUCGUGAAGCAAACGUGUGGCCUGCUGGGCGCGCUAGCAUGGGCGUGCGGCGCGUCGUUUACGUGCGUCGUGGAAGCGCUGCUUGUCCCGAUCUUGUUGAUGGCGAUCAAGAAGAAGCAGACGAAAGUGAUCGCAACGGCCGCGCGCCAUUGUCUGGAUUGCAUGGCCAAAGCCAGCCGGUUCGCCAUCGUCAUAUUGGAGAAGACGUAUCACCACGCCAAGCAAGACGAUGCCUUGUGCAUGAUGUGCUUGUCGCUGGCGGAGCUGGUGCUUCGUCAUGGGGAUGUCGACAAUGUCAUGAGCCGCGAGGUGUACAUUCCGCUCCGUCGACUCAUUCUCAAGACCUUGCGAGACCACAAUGUUGCAGUACAAACCCACGGCCGGAUGGCGCUCUGUCUGUUGUGUGAAUAUGGGCAGGAAUGCAUUGUCGAGCUACGGCAUGUAGUGGACACGGAUCUGUUGGAGCUGGCCAUGGCCGAGUACCCAGAGUCCCUCUUGGCUACAACAGGUCGACAGCCGGAAGAGGUGGCAACUGAAGCGAGUAUGUUGUCCGUCAUCCCUGAGGGUGACGAAGGCGACGUCGACGUCAGCUGGGAUGAUUUGUCGACGGUGCUCAUUGGGGACCCAGCCUCUCCUCGAAGCGGCGACGAGCUCGACUGGAGCGUGUCGAGAAUUGGAGACGAAGCCCAAGAUCACGGCGCUGACGACGAUUGGCGUGAGCCGGCGGCGCCUUUUGUGGCCAACCAACUCGACGUCAGCCGGGAUGAUUUGUCGACGGUGCUCAUUGGGGACCCAGCCCCCCCUCGAAGCGGCGACCAGCUGGACUGCAGCAUGUCGACUAUUGAAGUCGAAGCCCAUCAUGACUCGUCAUCACUCCAAGAUGCACCAACCAAGGUGCAAGUGGGAGCCCACUGCGACCAAUCGGCUGGUAAAUCCGGUCAGCAACUGGAGGCCAUGACCAAGACAGUUGUCGAAUGGACGGUUGCGAUGAACGUGCCAAAGCAUCAGGUCCACCUCCCCUUUGAGGAGUCCCACAAGGUUUCGUGGGACACUGCCAUGGAGGACUUGCGCCGUCGACUCGGCCACGAAUUGGAGCCCAUGGCACGCCAUGGUAGUUAG